AUGGCGGACCCGGUCGACGCUCCUUCCAAGCUGACCCCGGUCGACGUCCCUUCCAAGCCGGCCCCGGUCGACGUCCCUUCCAAGCCGGCCCCGGUCGACGCUCCUUCCAAGGCGGCCCAGGUCGACGGCCCUUCCAUGGCGGCCCAGUGCGGCGCGCCUCCCAAGGCGGCCACCGGUCCCGGUCUCUACUCCGAGAUCGGCAAGAAGGCCAGAGAUCUUCUCUGCAAGGAUUUCACCACGGACCAGAAGCUUACCCUCACCACUUACGCCGCAAAUGGAACUGCAAUCACUGCUACAAGCACAACGACAAAAGAAGCUGUCCUUGGCGAGAUCCAGACCCAGUUUAAGUACAACAAUGUCAAAGUUGAUGUGAAAGCAAAUUCAGACUCUCAAGUGUUAAUCACAACCACAUCCGAGACUCGGUACAUACCAGGCUUGAAGAGAAUUGUGACCGUUCCUUUGACAAACCACACUCCUGCUAAGGCUGAGUUGCAAUACUUCCAUGAUUACGCUGGAAUCAGUGUGGGUUUUGGCCUACACUCAAAACCUCUGAUUAACGUUUCAGCUCUGGUUGGCAACAAAGCUUUUGCUCUUGGUGCUGAUGUUGCCUAUGAUAGUGCAACUGGGGAUUUCACCAAGUACAAUUUCGGAGCGAGUUUCACCAAGGACGAUCUUUACGCUGCUGUGAUGCUGAACAACAAAGGGGACAGCCUAUCUGCGUCUUACUACCAAAUGGUGAGCAACAGCCAGGCAGCUGCUGGAGGAGAAGUGAGCCACAGCUUGUCGAGCCAUGAGACCACCACCACCUUGGGGUUUCAGUAUUCCUUGGACCCUCUGACCACCACGAAGGUGCGCUACGACAACCACGGCAUGGUCCGUGCCCUCAUCCAGCACGAGUUGAGGCCCAAGUCAUUGCUGACCAUCUCCAGCGAGUUCGACACCAAGGCCAUCGAGAAGAGCUCCAAGAUCGGGCUCUCGCUGCUCCUUAAGCCCUGA